AUGCGUCUCCGCGAGCUGCCCAGGUGGUGGCUAUCGAGGCUCCAUUCUGCAGCGGCCCACAGCCUGCGGCUCUGGAGACGAGAGCCAGAAUGGCCUCUGCUCGUCGGCAGCAUCGUGCUCUUUGCGUCCUUCUUGAUCCACUACGUCGGUUACCGGCUGGCGCUACACCAGAUCCCCUCGCCCCUCACCGGGGCACCCAUCUUCCAACCGGCUCGCUGGGAGGGCCGAGUGGGCUGGCGAAAGCCCUUGGUCUUCGGGAUCUCGAACGCAAUGGUCUUCUGCUCCUUGCGAGAAGCUCUCCGGAGCCAAGGCCUCUUACCUCGUGGGGACAUUGGCGCACCUGGCUUCCUGGGCCACCCUGGUUGA